UUAAAACAAAUCUUGAGCAAUCCUUUAUAAAAUACAUCAAACUGCAAACUCUCUCUCCUGGAUCCAUAAUGGCCGACAGCAGCAGCCCCCCGCUGACGUCCUAUAUCAUGGACGAGGAGACUCUGAAGAGAAAACAGAAGGAGAAGCUGAAGAAGCUGAUGGCUACAGGGGGAAACCCCCGACCUGCUCGCUCGCUCCUCUUCCUCACACUGAGGAACCCGUUCAGGAAGGCCUGCAUCAGCAUUGUCGAGUGGAAACCUUUUGAGAUCAUCAUCCUGUUAGCCAUCUUUGCUAACUGCGUUGCUCUGGCUGUAUAUCUGCCCAUGCCAGAGGAAGACAGCAACAACACCAAUAGCAACCUGGAGAGUCUGGAGUACAUCUUCCUCAUCAUUUUCUCCAUCGAGUGUUUCCUGAAGAUCGUGGCGUACGGAUUUCUCUUCCACGCAGAUGCUUACUUAAGAAACUGCUGGAACAUUCUGGACUUUGUUUGUGUGUCUGUCGGCUUGUUCACAGUAGCAGUAGAUGCCAUUAACCACCUAAGUGGGGUGGAGGCUCCGGUGGGAGAAAAAGGUGGAGGCCUGCAGGUGGUGAUGAACUCCAUCCUGAAGUCCAUGCUCCCUCUCUUCCACAUCACCCUGCUCGUCCUCUUCAUGGUCACCAUCUACUCCAUCAUGGGCCUAGAGCUCUUCAAGUGUAAGAUGCACAAGACCUGCUACUACACCGGCACAG